AUGGAUGUAAUUUUUGAAGUGCAAAGAGGAAGAUCAUUCUCCAUUGAAGUAGGUUUUUUCGACACUAUUUUGGAAAUUAAAGAAAAAAUCCAAAAGUAUCACAGAAUUCCAAUCUCCAGACAAAAUCUAAUUUUUAAUGGCCAAAUUCUUCAAGACGACGGUGAUAUUUGGAAGUGCGCGAUUUUUCAAAACUCACGUAUUCAUCUUAUGGUGACCACCACCGCAGAUUCUGAUCAUCGGAAAUUACAAAUAGAUCAGGAUACCAAAUUUCACCUCAACGUUAAAACUCCUUCGUCCAAAUCUCACUUUCAUGUUGAAAUUGACAAACACGAUACCGUUUUAAAGCUCAAACAAAAAAUUCACGACAUUGAUCAAAAUGAUGUCCCAGUUAUCAAUAUCAUGUUGCAUUCAAGUGGAACUGAAUUGCAUGAUAAUCAGUUCUUACGUGAUUGCUAUCUUUCGGAGAAGAGCGAAGUUGAAGUGAGUUUUAAGCCACACAUACCGGCAGCACCUGCUAUUGUUGGUGGUGGAGGUGGAGCAUCAAAGAAGUUGAAGGUAAUGGUUUUGCCUAAAAGUGGUAUAAAGAAAGUAGCUGUUGAAAUGAAUGCUUCUGAUAACGUUGGAGAAUUGAAAAAAGAGCUUCAUAAAUUGUGUCAAAGACUUCAAUUUCAUCUUCCACCAGAAGGUUACUUUUUCAUUUAUAAACAAAAUGUUAUGGAGGAUGAUAAGUCUUUUCGAUGGCACAAUGUUUCUCAAGGUGAUACCAUUGAAAUCUUUAAUGGUAGUGUUACUGGUGGAUCAUGA